GUUACACCUCUACCCCUGUCAGCUCUGCAGCUUUUGGCUCCACCACUGCGGUUAAUGUCCGCAGCCAUGUGGAAGGUGAUGCUGAAGAGGGAUGUGGUGUAUUAUGGUAAACUGGAGGAGAUCGUAACAUCACUCUGUGAGACUGUACCUGGGUUGCUCCAUUACAGACAUCGGGCCAGGCUGACAAUGGGUUUGCGGGCACUGAUGAUCUUAGAGGAGCUUCGUCGAUCCGACCCUCCUGAUGCUCCGCAUGUUCUGGAGGAGCUGUGCAAGCUGGAAGCUUCCUCCAUUCCCAGUGGAAGGAGGAAGGAUCAAAAGGUGGAGGAAGCUAAGGACAACUUCAAAACCCUGGUGCACUCUCUCCUAAAGAACCCAGCAGCCAGAAAACAAUUCUUCAAGGAGGAAUUCCAUCUUCACUAUGGAGGAAACUAUGUAGCCAGUCUAGAGAAGCUAAUGUGGGAGUUUAUAAUCCGGGUGGACAAGCUAUUACCUGUUCCAGAUCUUGCUCAGACAGUCUCGUGGCUCAGUGGCGCCCCUGCUGUUCUGGAGGAGUGUGCGCGCUCUGCCUCGCAGCCCCAGCUCCUCAGGACUCUGCUGCAGCAUGAAAGAUGCCUCGGACACCUCGGCUCAACAUCUCUUCUGUCAUCCACUGGUGACUUGAUCCUGACUUCUCUUUCCCUCCCUCUUUCGGGUAGAGUGCUACAGACUGUUCAAACCGAAUCCACUCCCACAUCCAACAGAGUCUCAAAUCUGGCCCCGUCAACAGCCAGAGCCACUCGCAGAACAGCAAAUGAAGCCCAGUUACAGGUCACACCUGUGAUUGGCUCCAUUUCCAUUUCCUCCAUUUUCCAAAAUGAUCUCCCAAAAAACAAUGAGAAAGAAGCAUCCCGUUUAGGACAAGAAGUCGAAUCAACUUCAGAGAUACCCAGAAAUACCAGGAGCAAACUAAGAUCAUGUUCUAAAAAACAGAUUUUGGAAAAGGAUCAAGAAGAGGACUGUUUUGUCGGGAAUAUGUUGGUCACAGUGAUCAGUCAGUCAUCUGGCAGUGAAGUAGAAGAAGAGGAGGAAGAGGGCAGCAAAGAAGAUAUGGAGGGGAGUAAUGUGAGUGCAAACAGACCCAAAAAGACUGAAGUCAAGAACGGAAAUGAAGAAAGAGUUGAUGUUACCAGGAAAUAUUCCGCUAAUAGAAACUCAGAGGCCAUCGAGUCACAGGAAGAAGCACUCCGCAUUUCCUGCGUGACGCGUCAACUAAGAGUUGUCCUUCCUAGAUUAAACAUCAGCAAUGCCAAUCUUUCUGUCCGCCUGAAUCAUCCGUCUGAUGAGCAGGAAAUUAAAAGGUCUCCAAGCCCGGUUACUUUAAAAGACAGAGGGGGAAACAGUGUCUCUGAGCUGCGGAAAAGGAAAUUUAUUGAUUUGAGUUCAACGCCUGAAAAACACCUGACUUUAUCAGUCAAAAAGUUAACUUCUGCAUACUCUCCGUGUGUUCCACUUGUGCGUCUUCCAAUGGGUAUUCCAGAAACACCAUCUCCCUCAGUGAAGUCAUCAGAUGACAUCAUAGAUGAUUCUGAUGAUGACACAACAGGCAAUGUGAAGAAAAAGGUAUUCAAUCAGCAGUAUUUCAAAACAAAGAAUGGUACAUAUGUGCCCACUCUCCGGGAGUUCUGGAAUCCUGUGUUUUGUCCCCCUUUGUCUCCUGGAAGCAGACAUUGAUGCAGUUGCAUGGGGACAUCAUUCUUGCUUAAAGACUUAGAUGCUGCAGUUUUUGUUGUUACAGAUUGUACAAAUCUUAUAUUUUAUCAAGAGACAGAAGGUCCUUACUGUGUUGUAUGUUUGUAACCAAGGAAGCAUACCUGCUUUUUUUUUAAGGAAGUGUGCACAUUUAUAAUUAGAAACUUAUUUUAUUUUUAAUGUAUGUAUCUGAUGGUAUCAUGUAUGAUGAUGAUGUUUUGUAAUGCAAUAUAUUAAAAUGAAGAAUUUUGUUUAGUACUA